CUCGAGGGAAGCUGCCAAUGCGGUGGCGUUGAGUUUACUCUCCAAUCCCAUACACCAGUGCCCUACCAGGUGUGUGCAUGUUCUAUCUGCAGAAAAUGCGGCGGUUAUGGCGGUUGUGUCAAUCUCGGCGGCAUUGCAGAUACUCUCAAAGUCACCAAAGGCCAGGAAUUACUCAAGAAAUAUACAGCAACUAGAGACCGCGGCAAGCCCAACGCACAAAAGUGCACUUCUGAACGCAACUUCUGCGGCGAUUGCGGUAGCAUGCUUUGGCUGUGGGACAAGACCUGGCCGGAGCUGAUCCAUCCCUUUGCGUCAGCUAUUGAUACGGAUUUGCCGGUGGCGGAGGAGAUGGUCUGCGUUAUGAACAACAGCAAGCCUGACUGGGUUCGCUGGCCAGAGGGAAAGAAGACCAUCUAUGAGACCUACGGAGAGACAAGCCUUGAGGGCUGGCACAAGAAGAACGGGGUUUAUGUUGAAUGA